ACCAAAACAACGCGUCGGUUAUGUACAAGAAGCGUGUCGCCAUCCACAUUACCUCAGCAGUGGCUGGCUGAUAGCCGAGAAUGGAGCGGCUUCAGAGCGAAUUGGAAAGGAAGAAAACUAACAUUUUCUCAGAUAGGACUCAUAGAAUGACAGAGCGUCCAUUCUUUAUUCAGUCAGGCAAAGGUCGAGGCCAUGAAGACCUCGGGUCCUCGUUUGCUCCAUCCCAACCAGUGCAAGGCAAGGCGUCUGGCAAAGUCAAGCCUGCCGGGGCCACGUCGCGUCCUGUCAUCACCAGUCUGGAACAAGAUUCUUUUAGUGACAGUGAUGACGAGCUGUUAUUAUCUGAAGGCGCUCAACCGUUGGGCUUGUCACCUAUACCCAAACGCGCUGUCCGCGGCAAGACAAUAACGUCGAUUCCUCAGAAAGCCAAUCUUGCUCCAAACGGUCAUCUGUAUCACCCAAGUUUUCCUCCUCCUCAGGAAAAACUCCCAAAAUUCAAGAAGAUUAAGAAGCAGCUGCAGGUAGAGGGUGGUAUUCCGGAUCGGCCUCCAUCGUCAUCUUUGCCCGAAGCAGACGACUCCCAAGAACUAUGCAGACCAAUAUCUGACGACCUAGCGUCUCAGACGAAGCCCUUUAAACCUGCAACCAAGCCGAAGAAAGAGAGCCAUACAGCCUUUACGCGUCCGGGCCCAGGAAGGAGCUCCGUGUCCAGGAAGACAGUCACUCCAUCAGGAGACGAACUUCCAAAAUAUCCCGAACGCGUUCCUAAACUACGAGCUGUAAAGGCUGAGGGCUCAAUAGUUCGUGAUCGGAGUCCCGAAGCAACUCCGCGUGCCAGCAGGCAGCCUCGGCCAUUCCCUUUGCGUAGUCAUUCCUCGGUAUAUGGUGGGAGCUCACGCGCUUCCGACGCGUCCUCUGCUCGGAAGAGUGCUCGAGAACCCCUCACAGCAAAAAAGGAGAAGGCAAACGCACCGUCACGUAAACCCACUGUUCCUUUCCCUAUGAACCCUCUGGGAAAGUCAAAUCUUCCGAAGCAGCCACUCCCUGAACCAACGGGACCCAACCCUUUCCCAUUAUCUUUGCACACUCCGAAGCCAGGUCUGACUCGCUCAGAGACACACGGAAACUUCCCUGCGCCUUCCCCGUUGGCCUCCCCAGUGCAACCACCCUCGCGUGAUAAGGGGAAGAGUCGUGCGCUGACCCCACAUCAAGACGAAGACGACGACAGUAAACUUGCCAUAAACCAUUGCGAUACGGUACGGACCAAUGUCGCCCUUAGACCCUUCUCUGUGGGCUCAAGUGAAAUCAAGACUGCACAUCAGCGUAGCCCUCACUCGUCUUCAGAGAGCAUGAGUUCCAAACGAGCUUCGGGCGGUGGGGAUGGAGAACGCGGGCAUUCAGCCAAGAGGCAUAAGGAAAAUAAUUCAAGGCUGAUCCUGGGAGAAGAUGAACACUUGGAUGAAGACUCAUUUGAGAUAGACAGAGUGGUUGAUCCUUCUACAGUUUGCCCGUACUGUGACGAACCGCUGCCACGCAAUCCAACUCCACAACUGAAGAAUCUCCUGGCGACUGCGAAACGGAAGUCAUACCCAGACCCGCGCCCCCGAAAUUCUCGCGGGCUCAAGGCUCCUCUAGGAAUUUAUAUCUCAGCUUGUCAGCGACAUCACUUCGAAAUGCACUCCUUGCCUGAGGCUGUGGAGAAAGGAUGGCCGCAAAGUAUCGACUUCAAGAAGGUACCCAAGAGGGUUGAAGGGAUGAAGGGCACACUUGAGGCUAUAAUUUCUGAUACUGACAUCCACAGUGACAAUAGGGAUUCUGUAGAGGACGACGCCAGGGGUCCCCGAGCACGAAGCGACUUCUGGAGAGAAAUCAAGAAACAAAUCAAGAAACAAGGCAGUCGAACAGCUACUGGUGUGAAGGGCCAGUUUGCCAGCUUCGAAAAGACUCAGCCUGGAUACUAUGGUGAACUCGGCUUCUUGAUCAUACAUCAAACGCUCUACAACCUCUUUCCCUUUUCAUCAUUUGAACCUUCUUCGAUAGCCCCUCUCACACCUGCGGAAUUCAUUCAGCUCGUACUGAUCCCCGAAGCUGCGGUAGGUCUCAUCAUGCAAGACCUUCUUCUCGACAGGGAUGAAGCGAUUGUGACCCUCCGUGAAAGCUCUCAGUAUGGCGUUGCCAUGUUUCCUGACACCGGUUCUGGUAAGGGCACAGCACUCGGUGAUGAUGACGACGAGGGUGUUGCGGAUCGCAUUGUUAUGGAACGUGCUAAAGCCAGGAGGUUGGAGCUUGAGGAAGAGGAGAAGCUUGAGGAACAGAUGUGGAAAGAGGAGCGAGCGAAACGUAGGUGCAUAGCACAGAUGGAGAGGAAAGAGAAAGCUCGCCAGCGGGCAGAGGACCUGAAGAAAUCGAAGGAGCUUGCAGGAUAUUCCUUCCGCGAAGUUAGCGAAGCAACCGAAUCGGAAACCCAACGCAGGCCGUUGAGGAGCACUGCGAAGGCUGGGUCAAGAACAGCUACGGACUCCGAGACCGACAACAUGUCUGUGGAUAGUUCGACGAGCCGGCGAUCUACGCGUUCCAGGACUGGCGCUAGGAUGAUGUACCGCACCGCUUCUGCCAAGUCUGAUUCUUCAAACAUGCAGAUUUCUGAUGACAGCACCGUAGAGAUUGUGGACGAAAAUGAACAGCCGCGAGUCAGACGGUCAACCAGACACGCAACUUCUAGUGCCAAUGACAUUAGCCAACACUCUGAGGCUGCAUCGUCGUCGAAAACGAAAACUCGUGCCGGGCGAUCGAAGAAUUUCAAAGGCGACAAUGCAGACGUGGAUAUCGGUGAUACGCCUUUGAAACCUGUUCUCGAUAUUGUCGGGGAAUCUACUCCGCGGCCACAUAUGUCGAAAGUUCCAGCUGUACCACGCCCGCACCCUACUCUAGGAAUAUCUGGAGUUACAACUGCAAUUAAGAUUCCUCUCCAAGUUGCUAGAUCAAGAUCGACAACAAGUGCCACGUCGGACGGGUGGCGUAACAAUUUCGUACCUGGUGCUUCCGAAGCUGAGGAAUCGGAUGGCUCGCAAGCAGUCCAACCGUCCUUGGACAUAUAUCAUUGGCUACUCAGUCCAACCUCGUCGUCGUCAUCAUUAUCGCUGUAGCGACAAUAAUAUUACACCGUCACUGACAAUUCCUUGCAAGGCUACAUAGUAUUAAAUACUAUUAAUUUUCAUCGACAAGUUCGAUGCCUUGGUGUGCAUUGCAAUCACUGAUUGGACUAGUUUUCCGUAAUUACUUACUACCGGACUUUUACAAUCACAAUCACCAGCGUGUUCAACUUACCUAGGUGUCUACGGUACGAUUCAUUCAUAGUCACAUUAAUAAAUAUUAAUUUAUGUCGAGAAAAUUACGAUGAAUACACAAUAUGUUGCAC